UACUCGUCUAAUUUGUAUCAAGUGGGAAAUACUGCAAAUGCAUCGAAGUAAGAUGACGACAACAUCUACAGCAGCGAAUGAUCUAUUAGACAAACGAUGGCAGCGAAUGACUUACGAGAAACAUCAAAAACGGCUUAAAGACAUCAAAAGCACUAUAGACCAUCAAAAUCGGCUCAGUUUCAACCACGAGGAGGUUCAGCUGCAGAUGAGACUCAGACGGGCUGUGGCGGAGGAGCGAAGACAGGCCAUCAUUGAUCGAGAAAACCGUAAAAUCCUUGAAAGAUUAAUGUACAUCGCGACACAUCAGCGGACGCCUCUCCCGGGCGUAGGAGAAGCACAUCGUAAACAAAAAAAGAGAAAACAAAAGGAUGGGAAGAGAAAAAAUGACGCACCAAAAGGAUCGAUAUCCACCGUGAAGUUACCUCCAAUAGUGAAAAACGAAAAACAAGAAGAAAAGUCAUAAGCCUGUGGAUAGAGAAACCAGAACUCAGGAAAUAAAACACACGCUAAGCCUGUGGAUAGAGAAACCAGAACUCAGGAAAUAAAACACACGCUAGGAUGCCCGGAGUAUGUGGUCGCCGCCUACAAAACGUGUUUUUGCGUCCAAGGAAAUGAUACGCAUUCCUUCAUUUCGUGAACCAAUCUUGAUUUAUUAGAUUGUGUAGUUCCAGAAAAUAUCCAUACCUACUGAGGGGGUCGGAGGUAUGACCCCCCACCCCUCUGGAAUUUCCAACCCCCUGGAAAUAAAAAAAUACAGUAACUGUUAAGGAAAAAGGGCAUUUUAUCCCCCCCUCCCCUCUGGAAAUUCCUGGGCGUUUUAACCCCCACCUUCCUGGAAUUUUUAAUCCCCUCAAUGGGGGGGGGGUAUGGAUAUUUUCUGGAACUUCACAUUUAGUUGAAAGAAGUUUAAUUAUUUAAAAGAGAAAUAAAGGGAGGGGACUAUCUAGUUUUAACCUCAAGUUACUAACGUCUUGAUAAAUUGUAUGGUUACUGAUCCAACUUAAAGUAUCUUUAUUUUUUAGAAGAAAUAAAGUGAUAAACCCUUGAA